AUUCCUUACGAUUUAAAAGAUAUAACAAAUCUUAAAGUAACAGGUUCAAUUAAAAAAAGUUAUAAUCAAAUUGCAGAUGCUAUUAAUACUAAGUUUAGAAGUAUUAGAAACAAGAGACAUCGUAAACUUGAGCCUGUUGAAGAAAUUGAAAAUGGUAUUGAUACUAGUAGUAUUACUGAAGAACAUGUUGAAAGCUCUAAUAAUAAUGAAGUAUCUUAUACUCGAAAAGAAGUUGAAAAAAAAUUAGCAGUUGAUGAAAGACAUGAAAAUUUUAGAAAAAAAUAG